GUUGUACUGGUGCUAUCACCAUAUGGACCUACCUUGCCCAUCAUCUCCUCCACCACCCGGAAACCAAGAGGACCACAGCACGAAGCAUCGUACAAGUACCAGCAAUCGACUCUAACAAAUAGGGUCACGUACCACUUGGCUUUCUAUCCUUGCAUAUUUCCACAAGAGAGCAACAAAUCACCGUAGUCAUCCUCCAGCCUGCCAAUUUCUUCGUUUUUUCCUUUCCCCCUUUCCCCUGGUUUUCCGCUUCCAUUGUUGCCGACACCCUUCGUGUCCCUCAUGUUCACACCUCCUUCACCUUUCAACACACAAUCGUCUGAGUAAGGAUGACGACCACCAUUCACCGUCAGAUAGGCAAGCUGGGAAAGAGGUCUGCGGAUGAGGCUACAGUGGCUAUGCUUAUCAAGGAGGUGAACGAUGCUGAAGUUCUAUUAGGGAAGCUAAUUGAGCACACCAAAGCCUGGCGAGAUUCUUGGACCGAGAUAUUGGUUGAUCAGACAAUCCUUACCGAUAGCUUCCACGACAUAUACAAGACCAUUCCAUUGCCUCAGGAUUACAAUAUUCAGGUCGCUGAAACUCCGGUUCCUGUCCUUAGAAAGGUUGCAAAGCUACAUGCUGCUCAGAAUGAUCUCAAGACGGAUAUGACGGAGGAGAUUGAGCGGGUGGACAAGAUGCUGGUGGAGAGACUGUCUGAGGCAAAGGCAGCAUUGAAACCGAUCAAGAAGGCUAUCGAUAAAAGAGAAAACAAGAAGCUCGACUUUGAACGCUUUACUAAAACUGUUGAGAAUCAGCGUGGGAAAAAGAACAAGUCUGAUAGGGAUUAUUCGGUCCUUUCGAAGGCAGAGUUGGACCUUGAAAGAGCGCAGAAUGCAUAUGAAAAUGCCGAUAAUCACCUCAAAGACUGGGUUCCUCAAAUGAUGACCAAAAUUACCGAGUUCCUUCCUUGCGUUGUCGAAUCGAUAGUGCAGACUCAGUACACAUUACUAUCGAACACAUAUUCCGCUAUCUACGAAUAUGCGAAUGAGCAUAAUUUUACAGAUCCUGAUGGUGAGGUAGUCAUAGCUGAGUGGGAGGAUCUCUUCAUACCCGUUCAACGCCAAGUGGAGUCCGAAAUCAGCUUUAUAGCGAGAGGAAAGGCUAUAACUAUGCCCAUGAGCCAAUUGGUACAAGAAAAGAGCUAUGUUCCGAGCAUUCCAAGGAUUGGACGAGGGAAGAAGCCUCCGCCUCCUCCACCUCCGGCUGGCGCACCAGCGGCCGCAAUUCCGGAGGAGAGAUCGAGGUUUGGAAAGAUGAUACCGAAUAAAUUUUCCCGUGAGAAGGCAGAACGGCCACCGUCACCGCCAGCCCCACCAACGAGCAGGCCUACCAUUGGCGGCGCAAGAAAUUUUUCUAGCAAUCACGAAAAGGUGGAAUCAUCCCAACACUUGUCUUCACGGCUUCCCAAUCCUGCCAUUGGCGGUGUGAGGAAAUCUUCUGGGGGCCGCGAUGGAGGGAUAAGGUCUCGGGUUCCCAGUUUAAACCCACCUGCCACCCGGGAUGAGUCCCCUCCACCUCCUCUUCCAGGACCAAGGCCCGGACAACCAGGGUCCAGGCAGAGUCCUGCCGGAGAAGUUCAACCGCAUGAUUUUAGGUCCGUUAUAAAGUCUAGAAGUGCAACGCCUCUUGCGGGCAUUGCACAAAACUCACUUUCACCCUCCCAGAGAUCAGAUUUAGUGCGGAUAAGAUCUGCUGGGUCGAGCGACGGUCGACAGCCUGAAGAGCGGCUUCUGGGGGCUGUUUCACCAUCUGCGAUUCGUGCCGCCGAGCGAUCCCUAUCAAUGGGGGCCUCCGGUUCCCAAAAUUCGAGGCCGGCUGUGCCGCGUUCACUAACAGCGGCUUCGAUACUGUCCCACAAGACUACAGUGUCGGACGCCAGCUCAUUAUCAAGCAUUGCGGGAAAAAAGAAGCCUCCGCCACCCCCGCCGCCAAAGAAGAAGGGAUUAGGAAAGGGUGAGACAUGGGUUCGGGCUUUAUUCCCUUUUGAAGGCCAAGAUAAUGGAGAUCUAGUAUUCAAUGAAGGUGAUAGGAUUAAGGUGCUGAAAAAGACCGAAAGCACCGAUGAUUGGUGGGAAGGCGAAGUACAUGGACGGAAGGGCCAGUUCCCUGCAAAUUAUACAGAAAUCAUCACUAGUUGACGGAUGAUAUUUUCGGGAAUAGGCAAACAGGUACACAUAUUGUGGUUCCUUUUGCUCUAAGCACAGUUUUUGAUCAGCGGUUUUAUGGACGUUAGUAAUCAGCGUAGGACUCGAUAGCUAGUUGCCUU